GUAGCAGCGGCUGGGCAGGACGAUCAGAGGGGAGAGCAGUGCACCAGCAGCAGCAGCAGCAGCAGCAGCAGAGGCAGGAGCAGCGGCGGGUGGGAGGCUGGUAGGAUGUUGCGACUGAGCUGCCGAUUAGGCUGAUCAGAGCCGGAGCUACGAUGCAGUGACAGUCUACAGGAAGACACAGACACACACGCACACACUGAGCGAGGGAGUGGAGGGGAGGGAGCGUAACAUACGUAUGCACACGAGAAAUGAUCCGCUCCUAGACUAUGGCACCGUCGGGCUCGCGUAGUAUCAAGCGGGGCUGUCAGAGAGUUUUGUACUGGAUCCCGGUCCUGUUCAUCGCCCUCAUAGUGGCCUGGUCAUACUACGCCUAUGUUUUACAGCUUUGCAUAGAGUCCAUCGAAGACACGGGACAAAAGGUCGUGUACUUGCUGGUGUACCAUGCCAUUUUCAUCAUGUUUGUGUGGGCGUACUGGCAAACCAUCUUCACCAAGCCCAUGAACCCCCUGAAGGAGUUCCACCUGUCCUACUCUGACAAGGAGCUGCUGGAGCGUGAAGAUCGGGGAGAGUCUCAGCAGGAGAUCCUGAGGAGGAUAGCCAAGGAUCUGCCCAUCUACACGCGCACCAACUCUGGAGCAAUCCGUUUCUGUGACCGCUGCCAGCUGCUGAAGCCUGAUCGAUGUCACCAUUGUUCAGUUUGUGAUAAAUGCAUCCUGAAGAUGGAUCACCACUGCCCCUGGGUGAACAACUGUGUGGGAUUCUCCAACUACAAGUAUUUCAUGCUGUUCCUGGCAUAUUCGCUACUCUACUGCCUUUUUAUAACUGCGACAGAUCUUCAAUACUUCAUUAAAUUUUGGACGGCCGGAGGUAGAGCACAUUUCCGUCUGAGAGAAUACCUGAACGGCCUCCCAGACACUCAGGCGAAGUUCCACAUCCUGUUCCUCUUCUUUUCGGCCUCCAUGUUCUCCGUCAGCCUCGCCUCUCUUUUCAUCUAUCACUGCUGGCUCGUCUGCAAGAACAGAUCCACUCUCGAGGCUGUACGCGCCCCGGUCUUUCGUCACGGCACAGACAAGAACGGUUUCAGUCUGGGCGUCGGUAAGAACUUCCGCCAGGUCUUCGGUGAUGAAGUGAAAUACUGGCCUGUUCCCAUUUUCUCCAGCUUAGGUGACGGUUGCUCGUUCCCAUCCUGUCUGGUGAAUCUGGACCCUGAGCAGCCCUCCUCACCCACUGGCUCCAACCCUGCCAACAAGGGUGCAGCAGAGGGCCGCCAGUUCCCCUCCAAGCCUCUGAGAGAGAGUCAGAGCCGGCUGCUCACCAGCACCCCCUCCUGGACAGAGAGUGACAAUGCGGCAGACAAAGACAAGAAAGGUGCCAGCAACCCAGGGAUGACCAUAGAAAAUGAGGCAUAACCAGAGUUGAAAGUUGGCACCUUCUACCCAGAAAAGUCUCUGCUGCCCCCUCCGCAGUGUUUGUGCCUAUCAGAACGUGACGUGGUGGUGACCUCAUCGAUAUUCGUUGUUUUCCAUGUUGCGACCCUUCUUCUGAGAGGUUUACAUGACUGAUAUCACAUACAAACCAGAGAAAAAUCAAUAAUCACUAUCACCAGUAUCAUCCUUUUUGUGAUCAAGAAACAUUAUCUGCUGCUACCUGACAGUAUUUGGGCUCCAGAACAAGUGGAUUAAAAUGAAAAUUGCAUUCCAACAAUCACAUUUUCUUUUGUUUCUAUAUGAAUAAGCACAGAGCAGCAGUGGGAGAGGGGAAGUUUUGCACUUUGUAUACUGGUAAAUCAAUCUGAGCUGCUGUUGUAUGUUACAGUUCAUGGCACAGAAACUCUCAGAAUGAUCUAUUUUAUGUUAUUUUCAUAGCUUAGCACAUUAGUAGAUGCUGUUAUGAGUUUGCCAAACAUUUGGACAUUAAGUAUAAAUUAGUGGUGGUGUUAAUGUGAUGUAAAUGACAUUCCUUUAGUCUUUUCUUUUUUUUCUUCUUAGUGAAGUUUUUGUUUUUGUUG